GUUCGCAAGUUAGUUAGGAGUCACUGAGUUCUCUUUUCACGUGAGCAUCUGCGGCGGAAAUUUUAAGCGACAUGACUCCGAAAUCGAUCGAUCUCACUGAGUUCUCACAACAGAACGUGCUUUUUAUGCGAACAUAAAGAUCGUUUUCGGAACAAUAUUUGUGGAAUUAACUGAUCCCUGAUUGCUGAGCGUAGAAAAAUCAUUCCAGCAUCUUCUGAUAGGCAUUGUAUGGAUCUCAAGACAGACACCCAGGCGAGGCCUGGUAUGGCCACUGUAAAUGCAGCAGGUCCCUUGCCUUGUGGUGGCACUGCCAACUGUGCAGCAUGCCAAAAGCCGAUCCGAGAGCGGUUCCUUCUGAAGGCACUGGACCAGUUCUGGCACGAAGAUUGCCUCAAGUGCGCUUGCUGCGAUUGCAGGCUUGGAGAAGUUGGAUCCACUCUCUUCACCAAGGCCAACCUCAUCCUCUGCAAGAGGGACUACCUCAGACUGUUCGGUACAACUGGACUCUGUUCUGCGUGCAAUAAGACCAUCCCAGCUUUCGAGAUGGUGAUGAGGGCGAGGGGCAAUGUAUAUCACUUAGAGUGCUUCGCUUGCCAACAGUGCAAUCACAGGUUUUGCGUUGGCGAUCGCUUCUACUUAUAUGACAACAAGAUCUUGUGCGAAUACGACUACGAAGAGCGGGUCCUCUUCGCUUCACUUCCCUUCACCUGCUCUGGGCUGGCCCAGCUGAAGCGGCAGGUCAGUCAACAGAUGACGUCAGAAACCGCUGUCCGGGACGACGGAUCCAGCGGAUACGGCAGUGGCGAUUCGCCUUAUGACGGACGGUAG